AUGAAAGCAAUGUCCUGUCCUGGAGGCAGUGUCUACAAGAGCUGUGGUACCAGGUGUCCUUCUACCUGUGUGAACACCCCAGCAGCUGAUUCCUGCAGUUCUUUACCAGUGGAAGGUUGCUUCUGUAAAGAGGGCUAUGUUUUGAGUGGAGACAUAUGUGUGCCAGAAAGCAACUGUGGAUGUGUUGAUGACAAAAACCAUUACUACCAGCUGGAUGAGAGCUGGUUCACCAAUGAUACCUGCUCUGAACGCUGUACCUGCCAAGCGAAUAACAACAUUGUUUGCACACCUUGGGAGUGUGGAGUGCGAGAGGAAUGCAGUGUUCAGGAUGGUGUGCUGGGCUGUCACUCCAAUGGCCAAGGGACAUGUCAGGUGGCAGGGGAUCCGCAUUAUUUCACCUUUGAUGGGGUGAUGUACACUUUUGUGGGUACCUGCACCUACACUUUGGUUGAGGUAUUGGACAAGAACAGUAUCACACCUGUAACCAUCCGUGGCAAGAAUGAAGACCGAGGAAAAAGAGGAGCCACAUACCUGAAAGAAGUCUACAUAGAUGUGUACGACAUACGAAUCACCCUUCAGAAAAACCAAGGAAUCCUGUUGAACAGUGAGAGGGUCUACACUCCAGUAGAAAACCGGCUGCGAGGUGUGUCUGUUGGAAAUGUUGGCAAAUACAUAGUGGUGGAAACUGACUUCGGUAUGGUAGUGAAAUAUGAUGGCAAUCACCAUCUGGAAAUCACCCUCCCACAGUCUUAUUUCUUAAAGGUACAUGGUAUGUGUGGUAACUUCAAUGACAAACCUGAAGAUGAUCUGACCUUGCGCAAUGGUACAGUUGUUGAUGCCAUACAGUUUGGAAAUAGCUGGAAAGUGGAAGAAGACAGUGAUGAAGGCUGUUUUUCAGACUCAAGAGAAGAUGAUCUUCCUCCUUGCACUGCUGAGAAUAAACCAGUCAUUGAAAGCCAGUGCAAUGUCUUAAAAUCAGACAAAUUCAAACCAUGUCACAGUCUAGUCAACCCUGAACCCUUCGUACAGAUCUGCACCUAUGACAUGUGCCAGUACGAUGGCAUGAAGUCAACUCUCUGCGACAUAGUUCAAGUUUAUGUGGAUAACUGUAAGAAUGAAGGCAUCACCAUUAAAUGGAGGAACAGCACAUUCUGUCCACUGCCUUGUUCAACCCACAGCCAUUACACAGAYUGUGUUUCCCCCUGCCCGUCAACAUGCAAUGACAUUUUUGCCUCUUCCCUUUGUGAGAAGACAGAACAGUGCACUGAGGGCUGUGAGUGUGAUGACAAUUAUGUGCUCAGCAAUGGCAAGUGUGUACCUCUGGGCAAUUGUGGCUGCAGGGAUGAUGACAACAACUACUACAGUGCUGGAGAAACUUGGAUAACUCCACACUGUGCUCAAAGAUGCCAAUGUCAGAAGAAUGGUGUCAUCACGUGUAAGAACUAUGCCUGUGACUCUCAAGAAACCUGUGUGAUCAAAAAUGGAAAACACAAGUGUAAUCCAACAGGUUUUAAUAAAUGCUGGAUCAUGGGUGAUCCACACUACACCACCUUUGAUGGCUUAGUGCACCACUUCCAAGGGAAAUACAAGUAUAUUUUGGCACAGACCAUCCCUAACCUUCCUGAUACUCUGACACAGUUCAGCAUUGAGGGCACGAACAAUCCUCUUCCUUUAAGUCGACACAUAACUUACCUCAAGGAGAUUCUCAUCAAUGUCUAUGGUCAUACAGUGCGAUUCAGACAGAAGAAGCAGGUUCUGUUGGAUGGUGUGAGAGUGAUACCCCCUGUUCGUCCUCAUGAAGGUAUUCGCAUAUAUCAGAGAGCAACAAGAAUUUAUCUGGAGACAGAUUUUGGCUUAUACUUGAGCUUUGAUGGCAGUCAAAAUGCAGAAAUAAAGCUGGCCAACACCUACAAGAACAGAGUGGAAGGCUUGUGUGGCAACUUUGAUGGGAUAUACAGGAAUGACUUCACUAAUCCUGAUGGUGUUCGGGUGAGGAACGUGAAUGUUUUCGGUGAGAGCUGGAAAGUUCCUGUCAAAAGAAUCUCUCGUCAGAGACGAGAUGUCUCUACAGAAGAUGACUCUGAGGAGGAACCAGAAACAGGGCUUUUCCAAGGCUGUGAUGAAACCACACUGGGACARCAAAACACCACUUCCAGAUGUCAAAUUCUGACCGAGUCAAACGGUCCUUUUGUAAACUGCCAUUCUAUUGUCUCACCUGAUUUCUAUUUCACGAGCUGCCUCUUUGACAUGUGUGUGGAAGGAGAUGACCAUGCUACGUUAUGUCGCAGUCUGGAGCAGUAUGCACUGGCUUGCCAGGAGCAAGGAGUCACGAUGCAAGGCUGGAGGCAACAGACACUUUGUGCAAUGGAUUGUCCUGCCAACAGCAACUACAGCUCAUGCAUGUCUGCRUGCCCAGCAUCCUGUGCCGACCUAACCAGCCCCUCCGAGUGCGACUCGCCCUGUGUGGAAGGCUGUGAAUGUCUCCCUGGCUACGUUCUCAGCGGUUUUGACUGCGUGCCUUUCAGACAGUGUGGAUGCACAUACCUUGACAAAUACUAUGAGAUUGGAGAAACAUUCGUCACUGAUGACUGCUCUCAGACAUGCCAUUGCACAGAAAGCUCCACUGUCACCUGCUCUAACACAGGGUGUGSAGCUGAAGAUAUCUGUGGCAUUUCAAACUAUACUCGUGGGUGCUAUAGAAGUGGACCGUGUAUGCCAAGUCCUUGUCAGAACGAUGGAGUUUGCUCUGAGAUUACCAAUGAUACUUCUCCUAGGUUUUCUUGUGAAUGUACAGAACUGUACACAGGAACCCACUGUGAGACUGAACGAAUAGAUCAAACAGCUACAGAUGAAACAACAGAGAGAAAGGACUAUACGGUCGCCAUUGUUGUGGGAGUUUUGGCAGGUGCUGUUGUUGUCGUCAUUCUCAUCUCCUCUGUAGUAUACCUGUUCAGAAGGGGGAAGACGGAAACAUUUUCAUUGGACAGAACAGCCCAAACUGGGAACUCAUCUUUCAGCCGCUCCAGAGACUCACUGAAUGACCAUGUAUAUGAGCAAGAUUAUGGCUGCAUAGAGAACACUGCAUUUGAUCAAAAUGAACCCCAAAGCCCAUAUUCUAGAUAACAUUUUUU